AUGGUUAGAGUUGGUCCGGACACUUAUAAACGAUUACAAAAUGAUGCGUCCUGUAUCAGGAAUAUCUGUAUUGUUGCACAUGUUGAUCAUGGUAAAACAUCACUUUCAGAUUCUCUAUUAGCGUCAAAUGGUAUUAUUUCUCAAAGAUUAGCAGGUAAAAUACGUUAUUUGGACUCUAGACCAGAUGAACAAGUACGUGGUAUCACAAUGGAAUCAUCUGCUAUUUCAUUAUAUUUUAGAGUUUUGCAUAAGCAAGAAGGUACAGAUGAACCACUUGUUAAUGAACAUUUAAUCAAUUUAAUUGAUUCUCCAGGGCAUAUUGAUUUUUCGAGUGAAGUGAGUGCAGCAUCCAGAUUAUGUGAUGGGGCCGUAGUCCUUGUUGAUGUAGUUGAAGGUGUUUGCUCUCAAACAAUUACUGUUUUGAGACAAUGUUGGGUCGAGAAAUUAAAGCCAGUAUUAGUUUUAAACAAGAUAGAUAGAUUAAUAACUGAAUUACAAAUGACUCCUCAAGAGACUUAUAUCCAUUUGAACAAGAUAAUAGAACAAGUCAAUUCCGUCUUAGGUUCUUUUUUCGCUGGUGAAAGACAAUUAGAUGAUUACUCUUGGAGAGAACAAUUGAAGGAGAAUGAAAAUGCUGAGUUUACUGAAAGAGACGAUUCAGAUAUAUAUUUCCAUCCAAAGAAUAAUAAUGUUAUUUUUGCAUCUGCCGUCGAUGGAUGGGGUUUUAAUAUUGGACAAUUAGCCAAAUUUUAUGAACAAAAAUUAGGUGCCAAGAGAGAAAAUCUUCAAAAGGUUCUAUGGGGUGAUUUUUACUUAGAUCCUAAAACUAAGAAAAUUAUUAAUAAUAAAGGUUUGAAAGGUAGAAACUUGAAACCUUUAUUUACAUCUUUAAUCCUUGAUAACAUUUGGAAAAUUUAUGAAAACGUUGUCAUUGCAAGAGAUGAUGAUAAGAUCAGUAAGAUUACAGAAGCAUUGAAUAUAAAAUUGUUACCUCGUGACCUUAGAUCAAGAGAUGACAAGCAAUUAUUAAGAAAUGUAAUGGGACAAUGGUUGCCAGUUAGUACAGCAGUUCUAUUGACUGUUAUUGAGAAGUUACCAUCUCCUGUAGAGUCUCAGAAAAAUAGAUUGGACACUAUCUUGAAAAUAGAGACUGAUACAGAAAAUGUUGAUAAACAUUUACUUGACUCUAUGAGCACUUGUGAUAGAAAUGGACCUUCAUGCGCUUACGUUUCCAAAAUUCUUUCUAUCCCAAGAGAAGAAUUACCUAUUUCCAGUUCCAAAGAAGUCUCACCUGAUCAAAUCAUGGAAAGAAAUAGAAAGGCAAGAGAAGAAGCAUUGAAGGCAGCUAAGAGAGCUGAGAUGCUAGAAAAUAUGGGUAAACUAGAUGUUAAAGAAACUGAAGAUGAAGAGGUAGAUCUUUACAAGAGAGCUAAAGAUACUGCCAUUACUCCAGAUAUUGGUGACAAUAAGCAACCUGUACCUAAACUUAAUGAUACGUUUGAAAUUGUCACAGAAGCGGCACCAGCAAUGAAUAUAGAUCUUGGCUUUGAAUAUGAGGAAGAUGAAGACGAGGAUAAUAAUCUAGAUGAUGACCUAAGUUUUGUUCCUACCGAUAUCGAUCCUAACGAUCCUUUGAGCGCUAUGUUUGAAUACGAGGAGGAGGAUCCUUUAGAUGAUGUCAAGGGUUUAGAUACAUCUGCUUAUGACGAUGAGAAUGUCGAGGAUUUAUUCGACGAAAAAGAUGAAGUAUUGAUUGGUUUUUCAAGAAUAUAUAGUGGUUCUCUAGAAGUCGGUCAAGAAAUUUGUGUGCUUGGUCCAAAAUACGAUCCCAAGUAUCCGACAGAACAUAUUCAGACCACUACAAUUACAAGUCUAUACCUAUUUAUGGGAAAAGAAUUGGUUCCUUUGGACUAUUGUCCAGCCGGUAACAUUGUUGGUAUUGGUGGUUUAGCAGGUAAAAUUUUGAAGAAUGGUACUUUAAUUGAGAAGGGAAUUAACGGUAUUAACCUUGCUGGUGUAAACAUCAAUAGUUCUCCGAUUGUUCGUGUGGCUGUUGAACCAGCAAACCCAACAGAAAUGGGUAAACUAGUUAGGGGACUAAAACUACUUGAUCAAGCAGACCCAUGUGUGGAAAUAUAUAUUUCUGAUACUGGUGAACAUAUCUUAUGUACUGCUGGUGAAUUACAUUUGGAAAGAUGUCUAAAUGACUUACGCGAUAGAUUUGCUGGUAUUGAAAUUACACAUUCUGAACCUGCCAUUCCUUACAGAGAAACUUUUAUAUCAGAAAGUGAUAUGGGAUCCCCACAGAAUGAAAUACUAGGAAGAGGGGUUGUAGAAUCAGUGAUAGGUAAGUAUAAGAUGAGAUUAAAAACUGUACCACUGAAUAAUAGUAUUACAACUUUCCUAGAUAGACAUGAGACCUCGAUUAGACAUAUAUUUGGAAACAAUGCUGAUGACUCUGCUCCAAAGGCUAUCGAAGGCUCUAUUUUAGAUAGACCUACAUUCAUUAAUAAGUUAGAAGGUUUAAUUUCCAAGCAGGAUAACUUAGCAGGCGUAUUUGGCGAUCAAUUACUAAAACUGGCUGCAUUAGGUCCGAAGAGAGUUGGUUGUAAUUUAUUGGUAUCCGAAAAUGAUUUACUGGGAAGUUUGUUAAAUAAAACAAGCGGAAAAUUCGAAUUCGCUGAUCCUAUUAUGAAUGGUUUCCAGAUAUCGGUCAAUGAAGGUCCGUUAGCUAAAGAGCCUGUUCAAGGUAUGGUGGUCGUUGUUGAAGAUAUCCACGAAAUGACAACUGAUGAGAUAUCUGCAAUUGAGGAUGAACACUAUCAGAUUGAAAUACCAAACAUAUCCGGUAGAUUUAUUAACCACACUAGAGAUCAAAUUCAUGAAUCAUUCUUAGAUUGGUCACCAAGAAUCAUGUGGGCUAUCUACACCUGUGAUAUUCAAACAUCUGUUGAGGUUCUUGGUAAAGUUUAUGCUGUGGUUCAACAAAGACAUGGUAAAAUUGUUUCAGAAGAAAUGAAAGAAGGUACACCCUUUUUCCAAAUUGAAGCAGAAAUACCUGUGGUUGAAGCAUUUGGUCUGAGUGAAGAUAUAAGAAAGAAAACGUCAGGUGCCGCCCAACCUCAGCUUGUGUUCUCCGGUUUCGAGUGUAUCGAUAUAGAUCCAUUCUGGGUUCCAACUACAGAAGAGGAACUGGAGGAACUAGGUGAUACUGCUGAUAAAGAAAAUAUUGCUCGUAGACAUAUGAACAAUAUUAGAAGACGUAAAGGUCUAUUUGUCGACGAGAAAGUUAUCCAGAACGCUGAGAAGCAACGUACUUUAAAGAGAAAUUAG